CGGACGUCGCGACGGCCAAACGUCGGGUAGUCGGUCUUGAGCCUCACGCGGUUCCUCACGUGGUCAUUUCGGAGUUCGUUAUCGUUGUAUACUAUAGAUUUGGAUUUGGAUGUUGCUAGGACUCAACUCAUAGAAAAUGAAGGGGGCGUGUGGCCUGAUGUCAUCCGUAUUAUUCUAGGACCGUUAAUUGGUUUUUAAUGACUGAUUCCCCAUUGAGAUGCACUGAGCGAGACGACUUUUAAAUUCCUUCAAAAUGUUGCAAGGUUUAUUGACGGGAGUUCUGGCGCUCAACUUCCUCCUCUAUCCAGGAAGUCUGGCUGUCAGCUGGGAGGAUUGGUGGACCUACGACGGCAUUUCAGGUCCGGCAUUCUGGGGGCUAAUCAACCCGGAAUGGUCACUGUGCAACAAGGGCCGACGACAAUCUCCGGUUAAUCUGGAACCCAAUAAACUCCUUUUCGACCCCAACCUUAGGCCUUUGCACAUCGAUAAACAUAGGGUGAGCGGCACCAUUUCCAACACCGGUCAUAGUGUGAUAUUUACAGUGGACAAUGACACCCGUCAUCACAUAAACGUGACUGGUGGCCCACUCUCCUAUAAAUAUCAAUUUCAAGAAAUCCAUAUCCAUUACGGCCUCCACGACCAGUUCGGAUCGGAGCAUUCCAUAAACGGAUACGCCUUUCCGGCUGAGAUACAAAUUUUCGGCUUCAACUCUCAACUCUAUACAAACUUCUCAGACGCCCUGCACAGAGCUCAGGGGAUAGUGGUGGUGGCCCUACUGCUCCAGCUCGGUGAUUUAUCAAAUGCAGAGCUGCGGAUGCUGACAGAUCAGUUGGACAGGAUACGAUAUGGAGGCGAGGAGAGCGAGGUGAAGAGGAUAUCGGUGAGGGGACUCCUGCCCGAAACGGAAUAUUACAUGACAUAUGACGGAUCCACUACGAUGCCGGCCUGUCACGAGACAGUAACAUGGCUCAUCCUGAACAAGCCUAUUUACAUCACGAAGCAACAGAUGCACGCGCUGAGGAAGCUGAUGCAGGGGGACGUCAAACACCAGAAAGCACCCUUGGGGAAUAACUUCCGACCACCCCAACCCCUACACCAUCGCCCCGUGAGGACAAAUAUUGACUUUAACAUCAAGCGUAGUGAGCUGGGAAAACAGUGCCCCAGUAUGUACAAAGACGUGUAUUAUAAGGCAAACAGCUGGAAGCAACACUAAUGACAGCAGUGUAUUGGAAUUCGAAAAGACAUUUAGUGAAUUGGCAGACUGAUAGUGCUACGAUAAAUAAUGAAGAAAAUAAGACAUAUCAUAUUUUGCAACAGAUAUAAAUAUGUUCUUGACUGAAUUUUCCUUUGAUGUUGCAACCGAAGAUAUGCCUGUAUCAAUAAGAAUAUUUUAGACAUGUUUUCAUGUUGCAAUCUAGAUUGAGUUUCCAGCGGGAUAAUUCUCGAACAUACAGUGUUACCCUAUAUCGCCAGGCAAUUUUCGUGAUCAAUAUACCAUUUUCUUUCAUUUCAAGAUCAACGGGCGGGUCAUACGUUACUUAUUAUCUUCUGAUUAACAUAACAUACUAGUUUGAGCCAUGGGCUGAUUUAGAGGCAUCAGUCAGAUACAAGGAGCCGUUUUUCCUGCCAUAUGCUUCAAAUUUCACGAGAACCCGAUUAUACUAUGAGAUUCAUAAUGAAUCCAAAACUGAACUGAAAUCAUGAUAGUCACCACAAUGAAAUAACCUUACAUCAUUUUCAGCAAACUUUAAAUCGUUGAGAGAAAACAUUUCCCACGAAAUAUUUCUGGCAAUAUUGAUAAUCAAUUGUCGAUUUAGCAAUGUAACCGUGUACUUACCUCAAACACCUGUUAUCUCCAAAUUGGCUCACGGCUCAAACUAAUUCACUUUAAAGCUUAAUACUUCAAUCGGACAAUAAGUAAUGACUUGCUGCCCUGGGAUCUUGCUCUAUUCCAUUGAUUUAUACUUUUAGAAAUUAAAUUCUUCCAGACACAGUUCUGCAUAUCCCAAUACUCAAAAUAUUCGAAUAUCAAUUCAGUACAAAGCUAAAUAUCAUUUUAUCAACAUUCCUGCUAUUUUUGGAAUAGGAAUUUAUUCUUCCAAUUUUUUUCGACCAAAUCUAUGAGACGUUUUUGGUAUUGAGAUGUGCUAAGCUUUGUGUAUGUUGAAGGAGAAAUAGUUGACAAUUGCUUCUCAAAAGCUACAUUUUGUAUUGGACAUUGCUUUAAAAAAUGUAUUAGAGGAAAAUUAUCGACAAUGUAAAUUGAGGCUUAAUAGUGAAAUUAUUAUUAUUUGUAUAAAUGUUUAUAUAUGUUGACGUUAUUUUCGAAUAUAAGGAGUUUUAUAC